AUGAAUGGUGGCGGUGUCUCUCCUCAGAUCCACACGUCUCUCAUAAACGGCCGACCCAGCGCAGAUGAUCUGACCCCAGAGCUGCUGGAGUUCACCUCUGCUCGCUUCAUCCGGCUGCGUCUGCAGAGGAUCCGAACGCUCAACGCCGACCUCAUGACCCUCAGCUACCGCGACCCCAAAGACGUGGACCCCAUCGUCACCCGGCGGUAUUAUUACUCCAUCAAGGACGUCUCGGUGGGCGGGAUGUGUAUCUGUUAUGGCCACGCCCAGAGCUGCCCCUUGGACCCUGUUACCAAGCUGAGUGGCUCUGCUUUUACUGUGGGAGUUAAGUGGAGGAGGAGCAAAUGUAACUGUCACAACAAAGCCGUCGACUGUUACUACAACCAGACGGUGGCAGAUCUGCGGCUGAGCGUGAACACACUCGGUCAGUUUGUGGGAGGAGGAGUGUGUGUGAACUGCUCGCAGAACACAGCGGGAGUGAACUGCCAAACCUGUGCGGACGGAUACUACAGACCACACCAGGUGAAUGUGAUGGGCUCUAGCUGUGAUCUGUGCAAGCAGGGCUUCUAUAACCUACAGGACAGUAAUCCUGAGGGCUGCACCGAGUGCUUCUGUUUCGGAGUCUCAGAUGUGUGUGAGAGCUCCACCUGGUUCACCAGCUCGGUGGAGCACAGAGACGGCGUUCUCCUUCGAUCUCUCCAGAGCUCCAGCAUCUUCACGUCUCUCGUCUCAGACGACAACCUCAUCGUCUCUAAUGUCUCAGCGUCCGCAGGAGUCCUGUCUAUGUGGUCAUGGGCCGCGCCGGAGUCCUUCCUCAACAACAAGCUGACGUCAUAUGGAAGCUUCUUGAACUACAGCGUUGCUUAUGACACGUCUGAGGAAAACGUGGACAAAACGCUUCAAGCUCAUUUCAGCGUAAUUAUUGAGUCUUGGGUAUAUAAACUAGUGUGCAUGUGUCGGUUGAGUUCGGUGUCUUUAGGUGUUGGAGACACAAGCUCGGGUCUCUCUAAAGUCCCUCUGGAUGUGGAGCAGUGCGAGUGUCCCUGGGGUUAUUCUGGCACUUCCUGUGAGUACUGUAUGCCCGGGUUUUAUCGGGUCGGUGGGAUUCUGUUCGGAGGAAACUGUCUUCAGUGCGAGUGUAACGAUCACGCAGCGGAGUGCGACAUCAACGGAGAGUGUCUGGGCUGUGCACACAACACCACGGGGCCUCACUGUGAUCAGUGUCUGCCAGGUUUCUAUGGUGACGCCAGCGAAGGAACGCCAGACGACUGCCAGAGAUGCUCCUGCCCACUGACACUGGCGUCUAACAAUUUUAGCCCCACGUGUGUGCUGCAGCGUGCCGGUGAGUUCACCUGUGAUCAGUGCCAGCUGGGAUACGCCGGAGCCAAGUGUGAGAGGUGUGCUGACGGUUACUAUGGCGACCCCGCGGAGCCGGGCCGGCGGUGUUUGGCGUGUGAGUGUAACGGUAACAUGGAUCCGGCUGAAGCGGGUCACUGUGACGGACGCACCGGAGAGUGUCUGAAGUGUUUGGGUCACACGGCGGGUCUGCACUGCGAGCGCUGCGCCGACGGCUUCUACGGAGACGCCGUGACCCUCAAAAACUGCCAGGCCUGCGGUUGCCAUGGUGACGGCUCUCUGUCCACCGUGUGUCACGUGAUCACGGGUCAGUGUGAGUGUAAGGCCCACGUGAUCGGACAAACCUGCGGCCGCUGUCAGACGGGUUAUUACGGCAUCAGCAGCGGCAAUGGCUGCAGACUGUGUGAAUGUAACCAAUCAGGUGCUCUGUCUGCGUCAUGUGAUGAGGAGGGGCGGUGCCAGUGCAUCACCGGGGUGACGGGUGAUAAAUGUGAUCGCUGUGAGCGUGGAUACUACAGCUUCACCGAGAGUGGAUGCACACCAUGUGACUGCGCACACACACACGGGAACUGUAACGCAGACACGGGCGAGUGUAUCUGUCCUCCGCACACACUCGGCCUGAAGUGUGAGGAGUGUGAGGAAGGUCACUGGGGUCACAACGACGUGUCCGGCUGCAAGGUGUGUAACUGCAGUGCCGCGGGCUCGAGUUCAUCUCGGUGUGAGCUGCAGUCGGGUCAGUGUCGCUGCAGGCCGCACUUCUCCGGUCUCCGGUGCGACCGCUGCGCUUUGGGCUACAAAAACUUCCCAGAAUGCACCGCCUGCAACUGCAGCCCCGACGGCACGCGAGAGGAGUUCUGCGACCCGGCGCUGGGAGUGUGUGGAUGCGAGGAUCACGGCCGCUGCUCCUGCAAGGAGAACGUGGGCGGCAGCGGCUGUGACGAGUGUAAGACUGGGACGUUCGGUCUGACGGCUCAGAAUCCGGCCGGCUGCAGUCCGUGCUUCUGUUUCGGUGUGUCCAGCGUUUGUGAGGAGCUCGGCGGAUUGAUCCGAGUGCCGAUCACGCUGGGCUCUGCUCCGGCUCUGCUGCGUGUCGUGUCUCAGAGUGACCUGCAGGGGACGCUGGAGGGAGUUUCUUACAGCGAUCAAGAGAUGCUGCUGGACGCGUCUCACCUCCACAGUCUGCCUGUCCUCACCGGCCCGUAUUACUGGAGACUGCCGCAGAAAUACCACGGUAACAAGCUGCUGUCGUACGGAGGAAGACUCUCCUACACGCUGGCCUUCUUCGCUCUGGACGGCUUGGGUCUGGCCAAUCACGAGCCUCAGGUGCUGAUGAGGGGCGGGCACCUGCGCAAGCUGGUCAUCUACACUGAGCUUCCUGCGCCUGAGAACGGCGUCCGCACCGGACAGGAGGUUCCUCUGACCGAGCACAAGUGGAAGUAUUUCAACUCUGUGUCUGAUGAAGCCGUGAGUCACGCCGACUUCAUGUCAGUGCUGAGUAACGUGGAGUACAUCAUCAUCAAAGCGUCGUACGGCUCAGGACUGCAGCAGAGCAGGAUCUCUAAUAUCUCUCUGGACACGGCUCUGGAGGCGGAUGAGGCUCGUCAGGGCGGAGACGAGGCGCGGCUGGUGGAGGCGUGUGAGUGUGCGCUGGGAUACGCUGGACUCUCCUGUCAGGAGUGUGCUCCGGGGUUUUACCGUCAGGCCGUGUCCGAGCUCAGCAUGAAGGGCAGAAAGCGUCCGCUCAUUCGGCCCUGCGUCCCCUGCCGGUGCAACAACCACAGCCUGUCAUGUGACCUGGACACGGGCGAAUGUCUGGGCUGCCAGCACAGCACCGCAGGAGAGCACUGCCACGUCUGCACCGCAGGGUAUUAUGGGAAGGUUCAGGGCUCCGUCAGAGACUGCUCGCUGUGCACCUGUCCUCUGCGGGGUCAGAGUUUCAGCUCGACGUGUGUGAUAGAGAGCGCCGGUGACUUCCGCUGCGAUCGCUGUGAGGAGGGAUACGACGGCCGUUACUGUGAGAGGUGA